CAACCGUUAUCUUCCAGUCUCUUAGCAACAUCAUCGGUCAUUCCUCCUUCUUCUACCUAUUUACAACACCCAACCCAUCAAUCAUCAACUUUCAUCUAUAUUUCCCUCCAUCUCCAAAGUCACAACUUGUUCGGAUAACCCUCGUUCAUUCUUUCGUUUUGUUAAGAAUCUUGUUAUUUUAAUUAGUCGAUAACCGAUCGGAGUUGCCCAUGAUGAAGGGAGCUCUGCUUACCGCAGCUGUGCUGCUAGGCUCCGCCCAGGCUGGCGUCCACAAGAUGAAGCUCAAGAAGAUCCCCCUGGCUGAGCAACUGGAGAGCAUCCCGAUCGAGCAGCAAGUACGCGGUCUCGGACAGAAGUACAUGGGCGCUCGACCUGAGACUCAGGGCCAGGCCAUAUUCCAAGAUACAUCCAUCCAUGUGGAUAAGGACCAUCCUGUUCCCAUCUCCAACUUCAUGAAUGCUCAAUACUUUUCCGAGAUUAGCAUCGGCACUCCUCCCCAAGACUUCAAAGUCAUUCUUGAUACUGGCAGCUCCAACCUCUGGGUCCCCUCUUCGUCCUGCGGUAGUAUAGCUUGCUACCUCCACUCCAAGUACGACUCAUCCGCUUCUUCGACGUACAAGGAGAACGGGACUGAGUUCGAGAUUCGUUACGGAUCUGGCAGCUUGAGCGGUUUCGUGUCUCAAGAUACCUUGACUAUUGGUGACCUUACCGUUAAGAACCAAGAUUUUGCCGAAGCUACGAGUGAGCCUGGUUUGGCUUUUGCCUUCGGCCGAUUCGAUGGCAUUCUCGGAUUAGGUUUUGACCGCCUCUCCGUAAACGGCAUCGUUCCUCCCUUUUACCAGCUGGUUAACCAGAAGUUGAUUGAUGAUGCCGUCUUUGCCUUCUACCUCAGCGGUGAGAAUGGUGACGACUCCUCGGAGGUUGUUUUUGGUGGCGUCGACAAGGACCACUACACCGGCAAGAUCACCGAGAUCCCGUUACGCCGUAAGGCUUACUGGGAGGUCGACUUCGACUCCAUUUCUUUCGGUGACGAGACUGCUGAGCUUGAGAACACCGGUGUUAUCCUUGACACCGGCACUUCUCUAAUUGCCCUUCCUUCCGACCUUGCUGAGCUACUGAACAAGGAGAUUGGUGCUAAGAAGAGUUUCAACGGCCAAUACACCGUCGACUGCUCCGUCCGUGACUCGCUCCCUGAUAUCAGCUUCAAGCUAAGCGGCUACGAUUUCGCUAUCGGACCCUACGACUACAUUCUUGAGGUCCAGGGCAGCUGUAUCUCUACCUUCAUGGGCAUGGACUUCCCUGCUCCUGUUGGCCCUCUUGCCAUUCUCGGUGAUGCAUUCCUCCGAAGAUGGUACUCUAUCUAUGACCUCGGAAAGGGCACCGUUGGACUGGCUAAGGCCAAAUAAAUGCAGUCUAACAGAAUCUGAAAGGGGAUGUAUGAAUGACCUCGCGGGACUAAUGAGACGUAACAUGGCAAUUGGACUGGCUAAACCAUAAUUGGAGGGCGAUAGUGGUUUUGAGUGCAUUUCGAAUUGGUUCCUGACCUGGGACCUUUUUUUUCUUUGGGUAUUGCCGUUGAAACUUGGUCGUUGAGCAUGAAGAGGCCUCGUCUCCAUUGUAAAUUACAUACCUACAGCACGUAUUCGUUUAGCAUGCCACUAAUUUCAUACUCUUUUCGCCAA